AGGUUUAUUACCUUAACCAAAAUUGAACACUCAGUCGGGUGUAUAUAUUGGCGGUAUUUAUGAUCAAAUAUGAUCUAUGUUGACAUGCUCUAGAUAUGAAGAGUAUUUAAAUCUACUAUUAAUAGGAAUAUCCAGAUAAAAAUUCCUAGGUGAAAAUACCGUAUGAACUUGCCCUAUCAUUAGCAGAUUAAGAAAUGUAAAUAAAUCCCCAAAUGUGAAAUGAUAUUCUCCAUCGAAUUACUGUAAGACGAACUUUAAGUUAUUAAUAAGUUUUAUCAUUAGAUUCGAGGGAAGUAAUAUAAGGUCGACACAGUUAAGCAACUUUCUUAAUUAAAAUCAUUCUGUAAUUUAAUUAUAAGUUAGAUUUUAUGAUUGAAAAUGGAGCCAAAUUUUUUUGUUUACUUAGUAUGUGUAGGUUGUGACAUAUUUCAAAGCUUGAGGACCAUUAGGAUUAAGUCAUCAACCUUGGGAAAUUCUGAGGAACCAUUACACUCAAUUUUGACGUAUUUAUGAUUAACUUAAUACGAUGAUGGAGUUUCUCAUACCAUGUCAUAAUGACCAAUUGUCAAGAAGUCGCAGCGUUUAGCGUAAACUGAUAAUCUUAACUUUGGACUUUUAUGAUAAAAUUGAAACAAAUGGAUAUCAAACUAACACCCCGACUCUGUACUUCUGAUUUUAUCAAUGAAAUAACCGAGAACGAUUCUAAUUUGAACGUUGGUUUAACUAGAAGCAGAAAUUCAGAAAAUGACAUUCAACAUGAAAACGGAGCAGAUUCAAGCGGAUACAACUCGAAUUCAACUUUAGACGAGCAAUUAGAAACACAAGUUUUCCUUCCGAAAAAUGACAAGGAUAACAGCGGAAAAAGUGUAGAAAGUGGAAGCAGGACAUCCAAUGACGAUAGUGCAAUAAGUUUAACGCUUAAUAUUACUAAUCUAGAUUCAGAUCAAAAUCAAAUACCUACAACUCAGGAAACGUUGUUAGGACAGACCAAUGAUACUGAUAACAAUAUCAAACAUUCACCAUCAACUCAAAAAAUAUGGCUCUGUUUAGUCCUGUCAAUAACUUUUAACGUUUUGUUAAUCGUAUCAGUAAUUGCUGUCCUUAGUUUACUUUGUAAUACAGACAAUACAGACAAAUCAUAUCAGCCAUCCUAUUGUGUUCUGGAAAGCCACAAACCCCCAUUGUGUUCAAAUUUUUCAUCAGCACAUCUUCAAUAUUUAGCUCACGUAAUGCAAAUUAAAUACAAUCAAAGUCUACCUUUAGGAGCUGCCCAAACCUACAUUUCCUUCCACAGUAUUAAAGGUGGUAAGGAAAAUGGCAUUAUUCCAAGCGCUUUGAUGAAAAGUACAAAAUCGGCACAUCGUCUUGUAACAAGAAAAGAAAUUUUGUCAUUUCACGACAACAAAAUAAUUAUCCGAAAAACAAACACAUACUUUGUAUCCGUCCAGUUGCUGUUCAAGCGAGAAUCAAGGUUGAAUCACACAAUUCAAGACAAUGUCGAUGUAACAUUAAUGAAGAAAAACAGACUAGACAUUGACACUGUUUACAUUUUGUCUAAAACACUACCAAUUUGUAAUGGCAGUCAAACUCUUCAAACCGUUCGAAUAGUUGAAACUUUUAAACUGAAGAAAGGUGAUGAAAUUAGCAUAUUGGUGUCGAAACCUAAUUUGGUCUAUAAAUGUCCUACUUGUAAUAUGGUAACAGUAAUUGAGAUCAAAUGAAAACGGUACAAAAUAGGAAAUUGAACUUUUAAAAAUCAUAUGGAUAUAGUUGUCUAUGCUAUUGCAUUUCAAGCAUACAAUUGCCUGAGAACAUGUAUUUGAGUCUAUGCAAAUGUUUCGCUUAUUAAGUGAAAAGGACAUGCAUUUUAUCUGAUCAUUUGUUAAAAUGUGCAUUUUUAAAAGGUAUUGUUUGCUUAAUUUCUAGUCGUAAAGAAUAUGUUAACUUAAAAAGUGUACCUAAAUCAGUAGAUAUACCAAGAGAACACAUAUGAUAAACGAUAUUAAAGAUUGUACAUUUAUUAUUUUAUUUGUUAUAAUUAUAUUUUGUUUGGCACAUUUGAAUGAACUAGUCUUCCUAUAUAUGCCAUUUCAUAGGAACAAUCGUUAUAAAAACAAGGACAUAUGUAUUUUUCAUAGAGGACCAUUCAGAUAUUUUGUACAUUGUUGUCCAAUCACAGAAGUAUCAGAACCAUCACAGGAAAUGCAAAAUUUGUAUAUAAUCAAGACUUCUUCAAGGGCAGCUUUUACAUCUAUUAAAUGGCAUUUGUUAUAUAUGUUAUUUUUUUUAUUAAUUUUAUUUCUUGUUGAUGAAAUGUUUGUUUUUAGUUUAUUCAUUGCUCAGUUCGUAGAACAAAACAAGAUUUAAGAUUAAGAUUUAUUGUCAAGCAACGCUCAGACGCAUAUAUGUGUAACAUGAGGUAAAUAUACAAUAAUAAAUAUGAUUUAUAAUACAAUGGUAACAUUUUAAAACAAAAACAAAUAAAAAUUCAUACAAAUCAAUAUAUAAAUAUAUCACAAUAAGUUAUUUCGCUUUCUAAUAAAAGAUGACACCUGUCUAUAUAAAUUAACAUUGCAAUAAGAUAACAUAACAGAUAAUUUCUGCUUGCUUGGAUGCUUCAUAUAAUAACUAGGGAUAUGUUUUUCUCUAAAAAAUAACCAGUUGGGGAGAGUUACAUAUAAAAAGAUAGUGAAAUUCGUCUCCUACAUUUUCUUUACACAUGUGACAUUUUCGGUCCUCCGCCGGAAUAUUAUACCAACGCCCAGUUUCAAUGGGAAUUUUUAAAUUAGACGUUCUUAAUUUUGUCAUCCAGAUUCUUGCAUUUUCUGGGAUUUUUAUUAAAUAAUUUUCAAAACCAAAACAAUUUUUAUAACUAAGAGUAAAAUACACCUCGGGAAGAUAAUUGAACAUCUUGAUGCAAUUUUUGUAUAUAUUGGUCUUGUAAAACCUGUUUUAUCAGAUGUUUGUAGUCAGUACUAUCUUGAUUGACAAACACAUAUCCUAGUCCUGUAUCAUUAAAUAUUCUAUAAAAUUCAGCCAUUUGAAUGACUGACCGCUAUUUUGCUUCAAACUUAAUAAUAAUCUAUACAUAUUACUACUUAAUUUUUCACCAUGCAUUAUACUUCUCCAAAAUGAUGUCAUUCUUAUUUCAACUUUUAUUUCUAUUGGAAAUCUGCCUAAUUCUCCAUAUAACAUAUAGUUAGGCGUUGAAGCUCUUACUCUUAAAAUACGUUUACAAAAAUUUAAGUGAAUUUGUUCUAAAAUUUUCAAGUUUUCGUAUCCCCAAAUCUCACAGCAAUAUAAAAGAAUAGGCUCUACCAUGGCAUCAAAAAGUUUAAGCUGUAAAUCUAAUGGGAUGACUUGAUUUCUUAUACUUUUGUACAAGCUGUAUAAUGCUUUUUGUGCUUGAUAAACCAAUUUUUUCUUCGCUUCAGUAAAAGUACCAUUACAUUUGAAUAUGAGCCCAAGAUAUGAGAAUGUAUCGACUAAUUCUAUAUUUUUGCCUUGUAAUUUAAAUUCAAAUUUUCGUCGCACUUUGCCUUUGCUAAAUACCAUACUUUUUGUUUUUGUAACAUUUACUUCCAGUUUCCAUAAUUCACAGUAAUUCUGAAUACAUUUAGUGCAUUUUGCAUACUUUCUGCUGAAUCCGCUAAAAUGACGGUAUCAUCAGCGAACAGUAUGGUGAACAGUUUCAUAAUUGAAUUUAACUCAUUUUGACAUUUUUCUUUAACUAUCUUAAGGGGACAUCCACCUAAAUCAAUAAAGAACUGUUCUAUGUCAUUUAAAAAAAUGGAAAAGAGAUAGGGAGAUAGAUUUUCACCCUGUCUAACACCAGUAAGACAGGGAAAAUAUUCUGACUGUUGGUUGUUGUAUUUAACACAUGAUUUAAUAUUAUUAUACAUAUUAAAAAUAACAGUAAAAAUUUUCCCUUUUAUACCACUGUUCUGUAGUUUUUUCCACAAGCCACUUCUCCAUACAGUGUCGAAGGCCUUGCGGAAAUCAACAAAUGUGCAAAAUAGUUUUUUUUCCAAAAGACUGAUACAGUGCUAUUA